AUGGCGGACGCAGAACCUUCUCCCGCGGGUGUAGACCGCCUUGAGGCCGCCUUGGCCAAACUUGAUGCGGCUCAACGCCGCCUCGACUCCCAAUUGAAUGCCCUUCUCCUAAAACUGCCUCCGAGAACCAUCCACCACUACCCAUCAUCCUUUGUGCAGUCACCACCGCCACCUCCGCCGCCCAUGCCGACUCCACCUCCAUCUUCUUUCUCUGCACAGACAUUCCUCACCCACACUCCAAUACUGACUCUGCCGCGGACUCCACUACUGCCUCCACCGUUGCCUCCGCCGCUCAAGCCGACUCCAUCACCCACGCUCACCGCACCCACGACCAUGCCACCUUCGCCAGCCAUGCCGCCUCCGCUUCCCAUGCCAACGGAGCCUCCAUCCGCACAACCAUCCCUUCCACCAUUGUCGGGUUCGCUUCCUAGGCAUGCUUUGCAUCUUCCCACUUUUGGUCACGCUUGUGCCGCUAUUCCCAUUUCCGACAACCUCUUCAGUGCUAUCCUUCAUUAUGGCCAUACCACAGCUCCUCACACCAAGCAUGGAGAACAUUGA